GAGAGCCGACGAGAGCCAGCGGCGAGGCCGCAGUGGAGGCGACGAGGAGGGCGCCGCGGGCAAGCACAAGAAGGAUAAGAAAUCCAAGGGCGGCAAGUCCAAGGGCGGCAAAACCAAGGACAAGGCAUCGAAGGAGGUGAAGAAGGACAAGUCGUCCAAGACAAAGUCUAAGGAGAGUCGGCCCAAGUCGGCUGGAGAGGGACAUCCUGAACGGAAGCAGCCCGCAAAGAAGGAGAAGAAAUCCAGAGGCGACGUCGAGGGCAAAGAGGGCAUGGCCUCCGAGGGGCCCCCGGCCAAGGGCGCCAGGUCCACGGGCGACUGCGGCCACGCCGCCCAGGCGACGACUCCGCCCGCCGCGUCGACGGCGUCGGCCGCCCAGACAGCGCCAGCAGAGGUAGCAGCAGGGGGCGGCAGUGCACGUCGCCCCUUCGGCAAGGGCAUCCCCGCCACAGUCGCCAGCGAUGAUGGCGCGGCCCGCGGCGGGCGCCAGAUUGGCAUUUCCGCCGCCUUCCGCGCAGGGUUGAGCAGGCGUCUCGCCGACUCAGCGCGAUCCGCAGACGGCGGCGCGCGCCCCCCGUUCGCGAAGGCGGCCGAGCUCAACCCAGCAGCAGUUCCGCGCGCUGCUGGCGAUGGCCGCGAGGAGGCGCCCAGCGCGGUUUGCGAUGAGGCGACGGCCAACGGGGAGGAGAGGUUUUCGGCUGAGGCCCCAGAGAAGGACGCUUGCGCAGAGACCCUUCGGGCCACGCGCGCAGCCGAAGCAGCCCUGGCAGAAGCCAAAAUCCUCAGGGCCGACGCUGCGCGGAUGAAGGCAGAGGCAGAAGCCGCCAUGAAGCUGGCGGCCGCGGCUUUGAAGGAGGCCGAGGUAGAUCGACAGCGGGCGCAGCUUCAGGCGGCCGCGGGCGCUGAGCGGCAGGAGGAGCAGGCAGAUGUUGCGGCGGCAAAGCGGCAGAAGACGGCAGCCGCUAAUCGACCGCAGGCACCGGCAGCGGCAGCGGCAGAGGCAGCGCGGCGGCAAGAGGCGGAGGUUGUUGACCAGCAGUUGGCGGCGGCAGCGGAGCCUCAGCAGGUUGAGGCAGCGGCAGAGGCAGAGGCAGCGCAGCGGCAGGGGGCGGAGGUUGCUGACCAGCAGUUGGCGGCGGCAUCGGCAUCGGAGAUGCCUCAGCAGGUUGAGGCAGCAGCAGGGGCAGAGGCAGCGCGGCGGCAGGGGGCGGAGGUUGCCGGCCAGCAGCUGGCGGCGGCAGCGGAGCCUCAGCAGCUUGAGGCAGCGGCAGAGGCGGAGGCAGCACGGCGGCAGGGGGCGGAGGUUGCUGACCAGCAGCUGGCGGCGGCAGCGGAGAUGCCUCAGCGGGUUGGGGCGCGGCGGCAGGGGGCGGAGGUUGCUGGCCAGCAGCUGGCGGCGGCAGCUGAGCCUCAGCGGGUUGGGGCAGCGGCAGAGGCAGAGGCAGCGCAGCGGCAGGGGGCGGAGGUUGCUGACCAGCAGUUGGCGGCGGCAGCGGAGAUGCCUCAGCGGGUUGAGGCAGCGGCGGAGGCGGAGGCAGCGCGGCGGCAGGUGGCGGAGGUUGCUGACCAGCAGCUGGCGGCGGCAGCGGCAGAGGCAGAGGCAGCACGGCGGCAGGGGGCGGAGGUUGCUGACCAGCAGCUGGCGGCGGCAGCGGAGAUGCCUCAGCGGGUUGAGGCAGCGGCGGAGGCGGAGGCAGCACGGCGGCAGGGGGCGGAGGUUGCUGACCAGCAGUUGGCGGCGGCAGCGGGGUCUCAGCAGGUUGCGGCAGCGGCAGAGGCAGAGGCAGCGCGGCGGCAGGGUGCGGAGGUUGCUGACCAGCAGCUGGCGGCGGCAGCGGAGAUGCCUCAGCGGGUUGAGGCAGCGGCAGAGGCGGAGGUAGCACGGCGGCAGGGGGCGGAGGUUGCUGACCAGCAGCUGGCGGCGGCAGCAGAGCCUCAGCAGGUUGAGUCAGCGGCAGAGGCAGCGCAGCGGCAGGGGGCGGAAGUUGCUGACCAGCAGUUGGCGGCGGCAGCGGAGAUGCCCCAGCAGGUUGAAGCAGCGGUCGGGGCAGAGGCAGCGCGACGGCAAGAGGCGGAGGUAGCUGACCCACAGCUGGCGGCGGCAGCGGAGCCUCGGCAGGUUGAGGCAGCGGCAGUGGCAGAGGCAGAGGCAGCGGCGGCGCGGCGGCAGGAGGAUGCAGCUGACCAGCAGCCGGCGGCGGCAGCGGAGAAGAUGCCCCACGAGGUUGAGGCAGCGGCAGAGGCAGAGGCGCAGGCGCGCGGGCGGCAGGUGGCAGAGGCUGAGCGAGCGGCUGCCCUGGCUGAGGCCCAGGAACCCCGCGUGGCGAUCAGCGAUGCUGACCUCGAGACGGCGCUCGACAGGCUGCUCGAGGAGGGCGAGCCCAACCCGGGCGUCGACGCAGCGGCCGACCAGGUCCCAGGCCCAGACUUCGACGGCUGCGACACCCAGGACCUGCUGGAGAGAUUGGUUGAGGUGGAUGCGCGGAUCGAGGCCUUCCGUUGGGACGAGGCCUUUGAUCAGGCAG